AUUUGUCAUUAUAUAACCUAGUUUUUGUUCAUGUGCCUACUUCUUUUACUUACAACCUGUCUGAAUGAAUAAUGAAUGUCCACAAACUAUGGGAGUACAAAGAGUACGUAAAUGUGAACGGUAUGAUGAUGACGAGCGAACUAAUAUCUCUCCUGCAGAACUCUUUGACUUUACUCCAAGCGGAGAACCACUUCACUCAUGUCCUGUACUGGGGGCAGGUAUACGCAGUGGAUGUCGAUUACCAUAUAGCUGUUGGAAUCACCAACGAUGCCAUGGCGGACCGCAAGUAUUUCUACACAACAGAUUUUAAAUUCUGGAGCCUCCUCCCCAAGUCAAAGCAGAAGUAUAAACUUCUUUCCUUGCUCACGACUUACCCGUUCCGCGGGGAUCCCUCGCUCAAAAUUAAAGUUCUCGAUGAAUCGUUGGAAGAAAACCAUCCAGAGAGGUGUCAGUUCAUGACGGAGGAAAAUCGCCUGGCGGCCACAAUAAACAAUAUUUGUGAUGAAGCUGAAAUAUGUACUAGAGGUCAAUUGAUCAAGCAGCCGAAUGGGACAGUUGUGAUCAAUCCAAGCUACAGUGGGUUGACGUCGGCGGAGGCUAAGCAACUCAAGUCGUACCUGCACAUCCGACCAGCGCAGCAACGCUGGAACACCAACCUCCUCACCAGACAAGAUUACAACUACAGUAUGGAUUUCUUAGACUCUAUCGACCAAGAUAUUCCCGCCGGCUGCUGGAACUUGUCUCUGGAACAGUCGGGCAGUGUCACCUAUCUGAAAAGUCUCUAUUGGCCUGGAAUGAUGUUUUUUCACAAAGUGACGUCACCAGAUGCUGGAUUUUUGUAUGUUGGUGACGGUCGGAAAAACUUGGACGUACCUUUUCUUCUGUAAAAUGAAUAAACUUUUUAUUUUUUAGUUAGGUUUGAGUGGUGUUUUAAGAGGGACGUUGCCCAUCCACUGUCUAUUAAAUUCCCUUAGUCACCUCUUACGACACCCACGGGGAAAAAAGGAGUGGCCAUUCUAUGGCGGGACUACACGGCCAACCCAUGCAGACAGGGAGAGGGGGAUUAUUUGUAAUGUGGACUACCAGUCCCAUUAUUAGCAAUAUAUUCUGUUAG